CAGCUGAGUUGACUGUUGACGGUAUGAUUGAACAGCCGCGGCCCACAAACAAACGCAGUGCGCUGUAUUAUUUCGGAUAAUUAAUACUUCCACAUUUCUGCUUGCUGGAGGGAAAAGUGCCUAAAAAAACCUGCAUGGGGAGGUGGUGGCCAUGGAGGCAUGGCAGGCAGGACGCGUUGAGGAGUGGGUGAGGGCGUGCAACACAAGGUGCCUUGAAAGGACUAUUAGUAAAGAAAAUGCAGAUGCCUUCAUCAAGAGAGAUGGCACCACAGCCCUCCACUUGGCCGCAGCAUUACCCAAGGAGACAGAUUCACUCGCCACCGCAACAUUCCUUCUCUCCAGAGGUGCCAACCCAAAUGUUCCAAAUAGCCAGGGUAAGACAAGCAUGCAUAUAGCAGCCUUUAUGGGCCACACUGACCUGCUACACCUGCUGCUGCUGAAUGGUGGCGACCCACUGCUUGGGGAUCGGAGAGGAUACUCACCGGUUGACUGGGCCUUUCAUGGACACCACCACAACACACUCAACUUCUUAAACAACCUUCUGGACACUGAAGAAUUGAACUAUGACAAAGAUGAUCCAAAAUAUACCCUUUCCUUCAUGCAAAUGACAGUCAUGGAUGUUGCAAGUUUCGUCCCGGCCUGUACAACGGACUCAACCAGCUCCUUUUAUUCAUGUGUUUCAAAUAUUCAGAACAGGGAUGAUGCUGAGACAAGUCUUGGAACCCUCAUUGCAAAUUUCAAUAAACCGACAAAGACAGAUAAACCUCCAGCUUGGUUCAGCAACCAUCCUUUCCUCAUGUCUCUGAAGCAGGAAGUUGAAAUGUACCAAGAGGACAGUGACAGUGAAAAUGACUUGUGGACAUUUCAGUGCUGCCUGGGAAAGAAGUUAUAUCAAGAAGAACUUUCUUCAUUUGAAAGUGAAGAGUUGAAUGUUGCUCUUCUCACAAUAAAUGUUUCGUCCAAUACUGUACAUGAUGCAGCAGACAAAAGUGAUGCAAGUAAUGAACAUCAAAGCCUUGAGGAACAAAGUUUGCAUAGUGAGAGUUGUUGUCAUGAAUGUUCAAAUUUUGAUGUAAGAAAUAAUGCUUUAAGCAGUGAAACCAAAGUAAACCAAAGCCAGUUUUAUAAAUCUUUUUGUAAUGAGAAGGACAGGACUGAACUGUGCUCAGGACAAGGUGAUGAUGAUGUGACGGUAGAAAAUAGUUACAAACCAGAACUUUGCACCACUCUGGAUCUUUUAAAAUGCCCUAAAAAAAGAGAGAGAUUCACUAACAUACUUCACGAGACACCUUUAUCAUUAAGGAAAGAAUUAUUUAAGAAUUAUUGUGACUUUGAAUUGUCCACUUCAAGUAUUGGAAAUAAUUUGGAAUCAUUCAAGAAGUUGGAAAAAGAAUUAAUUCAUCAAGAUGCAAUGAGUUGCUCUACCUCACCUGUGUCCUCUCACAAGUCAACCAACUCAAGACCUGUGCAGUCUUUGAUCAGCACUUGCCCAUCUUUGCUGAGUAUUGCUGAAGAGUUUCUCUAUAAGGAUACAGAAGCAGGAAUUCAUUUCAUUGAGAGGCGCUGCCCUACAGUGGCUGUGCUUUCCAGUUUUGGUGGAACAUCAGGAGUUUCAAACAGACCCGGCAAUAGUCUCAAGGAAGGGCUGGAGGAGCUGGCAUCAAAUAAAAGUAUGGAUAGUAUUGGACCAAUAACAGACACUGUCAAAGCAAUGAAUGCUGAAACACUCCGUGACAACCUGAAGAAGCUUGGCUUUGAGGCGGGACCCAUCACUCCCUCCACUCAUACAGUAUACAUGAGACACCUGUUGAGACUUAGGAGGAAACCUUGCCAUGUUCAAAAAGAUCAAUCUUUACCACCAAAAUACUGUAGAGACUUGUCCUUAUUACUGAGGCAGCCCAGUUCAGUUCCCUGGGAAGCCUGGACUGCCAUUGAGGAAGAGAUGAGCCUUCCCUUCUCCCGGCCUGACCCAACUCGACACUGGAGAGACGGCACCAGCAAGUCAUGCUUCAACUACCUGCUGCUCGAUCCAAGAAUCACACAAAACCUCCCAAUGAUGGGACCAGCAAUGAAUGAGAGAGAAAAGCUGGAUUGUUUUGUGGCAUAUUUUUAUGUUGGGAAGGGCUCAAGAAACAGACCUUAUUACCACCUAUAUGAUGCCAUGAAAAAACAGAGAAGCUGCAAAAAAAAGAACAGAAAAAUUGAAAAGAUUCAAGAAAUUUGGGCUGAUGACUUGGGAGUUGUGUCGCUUCAUGUCUUCCAAAACACCAUUCCUGUGGAGGCGUGGACAAGGGAGGCUGCAAUGAUCGCCGCUUUAGGCCUCAAGAAUCUGUCAAACAGCGUGCAGGGAACGUUUUAUGGUCCCGCUAGUACCUGGACAAACUCAAAAAGACAGCAGCUGGGAACCCACCUCUUGUACCGCUCCUUCAACAUCUUCCUGCAGGAGGGAGAGCGACAGCUGCGGCCGUGUGACAUCGCCUUACCUUUCACGCCUGCCAGAACCUGAUUGCGGGUAAUACUUAUGUAUUCAUAGUUUUAUUACAAGUAACUUCAAUAUUUUUAGACUUUUAGUGCAGUGACAUCUAUUUUAUCCUAAUUUAUCUUUUAUCUUCAAUUUUUAGAGUUUAUAUGAUACUUCUGACUGUGCUUUGUGUUUGUAGGCUGCAAUAUAUUUCUGGUUGUGCUAUACUUGAUUACUGCUUUAUGUUUAGAGAUUUAACUCAAUAGUAUCUGCAAUUUUAUCUUUGUACUUUCUAGCUACAUUUAUGAAACUAUAUGAUAUACCUGGGUUGUAUUCUUGAGAAGGUUUAUGAUAGCAAAGUCAGGGAGUGGUUUUGUUAUUGAUUUCCUUACCAAAGACCUUGCUGUGCAGAAACAGUAGUGAGGAUGUCUGUGAUGUACAAAUUGCGUACCUGUAUUCUUUUUAAUGUACUUUUAAAUAUAACCUUUAAAGAACU